AAAAACCCUAAUAAAUCUCAGAAUUUUAUUCUUCUCCCUCCAUUUCCAUUAAAACCUCUGUCCCCGACCACGCCGGAGAGGAAAUGCUUGCGAAAGCAGCGAGAGAGCUUUCAUCAACAAAGCUUAAACCUUUGUUCACUCUUCCUCUCUCCUCCUUCAAAUCUUCCAUAUGGACUGAAACAAACCCUUCUAUUAAACUUCUCACUUCAUUUCUCAAUCGACAUCACUUCAACACUAAAUCGAAAUCGCCGUUUCUCCACCCUUCGCGUUUCUAUACUUCUUGUAAUGUUCCUCCGCUAACCCGAGAUGGAAAUUACGAUGAUGCCACUUCCGUCACCAUCUCCGUUUGCCCAGGCUGUGGAGUCCAUUUGCAGAAUUCGAACCCGAAACACCCAGGUUUCUUCAUCCGACCAUCGAUCGAGAAACAGAAGAGCGAUUCGAUCCUUCGCCGUCUCGUGCCCGUCUCUCAAGAGCCCGAAUUCAUCAAUUCAAUCAAACAAGGGUUUAUCGUCGGACCAGAUAAUUGCGACCUAAACCCUAAAGACGAUGAAACGGAUCAGAAAACUUCCGACGGAAGACCCAUAGUGUGCGCGAGGUGCCAUUCACUGAGACAUUACGGGAAAGUGAAGGAUCCAACGGUGGAGAAUCUUCUCCCCGAUUUCGAUUUCGAUCAUACGGUAGGAAGACGGCUUGGUUCAGCUUCUGGUGCUCGAACCGUUGUUCUGAUGGUCGUUGACGCUUCGGAUUUCGACGGGUCUUUCCCAAAGAGAGUCGCGAAGCUCGUGUCGAAGACAAUCGACGAGAACAACACAGCGUGGAAAGAAGGGAGAUCAGGAAACGUCCCCAGAGUCGUCGUUGUGGUGACGAAGAUCGAUUUGUUACCGAGCUCGUUAUCUCCGACGAAGUUUGAGCAUUGGGUGAGACAAAGAGCUCGCGAAGGAGGUUUAAGUAAGAUCACGAAGCUGCAUUUCGUUAGCCCUGUGAAGAAUUGGGGAAUCAAGGAUCUGGUGGAGGACGUUGCGGCGAUGGCCGGAAAGAGGGGUCAGGUUUGGGCUGUUGGGUCACAGAACGCCGGAAAAAGCACUCUGAUCAACGCCGUGGGGAAGUUGUUUGGCGGGAAAGUUUCUCAUUUGACGGAGGCUCCGGUGCCGGGAACCACAUUGGGGAUAAUCAGGAUCGAAGGAGUUUUGCCUUUUGAGGCUAAGCUGUUUGAUACUCCAGGAUUGUUGAAUCCGCAUCAGAUCACGACGAGGCUUACAAGAGAGGAACAGAGACUUGUUCAUAUUAACAAGGAGCUUAAGCCUAGGACUUACAGGAUCAAGGAAGGUUAUACGGUUCAUAUAGGUGGACUAAUGAGACUUGACAUUGAUGAAUCAUCUGUAGAUUCUAUGUAUGUAACAGUUUGGGCAUCUCCUUCUGUUCCACUUCACAUGGGGAAGAAGGAGAAUGCAUACAAGACACUUGAGGAACAUUUCGGGACUCGAUUGCAGCCACCGGUCGGGGAGAAGCGUGUUGAAGAGAUGGGGAAAUGGGUGAGAAAGGAGUUUCGAGUGGGUGGGAGCAAUUGGGACACGAGCUCAGUGGAUGUCGCUGUUUCUGGUCUUGGUUGGUUCGCGAUAGGACUCAAAGGAGAAGCGAGUGUAGGUGUAUGGACUCACGAAGGGAUCGAUGUCUUCCUCCGUGACUCGUUGCUACCGCAACGAGCUCGCACUUUCGAAGACUCUGGUUUCACUGUCUCUAAGAUCGUGGCUAACGCUGAUAGGGUUUCUAAUCAAGUUCACAAGGUAAAAGAAACGGAGAAGAAACGGAGACCAAGCAAGAAGUCUACUUCAGAUUCUGUAUCUGACAUAGAAAGUUGUCAGGAGGUGUCCUUGUAGUAAAAUCUUGAGGGGAAUGAUAAUAGUUCAUUUGUUUAUUUUCUUGGUUUGUUGAAAUUACUAUUUCCGUGAAUUUCGAUGAAUCUUUCUCAUUUUGGAAAAGCACGUUGGUCUGAAGAAGAAGAAGAACACAUCAUAGAAGAUAAAGGAUUUGUAUGGAUGAAUUAUACAUAAUGUAACACAGAUUCUCUGUGAGAACAAGAUUUGCUCUGUUUCACAAUUUCAGAGAGAAAAAAAGAAACAGAGGAAAUCAAAGAGUACUCUCUCACUCAAGCUCUCUCGCUGUCUCUCUCAGCUGCAAAUCGGACAUGGAACAAGACCGUUCUCGUUACACUCCGUACAUCUCACAACCACGGCGGAACUACCCCAUCCUUUCACCACUUUACAGCUACCGUUACACCGGAAACACGGCAAGAAAAACAAUCCGCCGCAUCCAUCACAAGCACAAACUCCAUCGCCGCCGCAGCCUCCCGUCUUCUUUAACGGAAUCCCACGAAUCAGCUCUCCGAAAAGACCUUCUUCCACUAAUCUCAACACUUCCUCUGAUCCACCAAUGUACCUUCCCUUCACGAAAACCCUAGGCGGCAAUGCAGCCGCCGCCGCCUCCUCCUCCGCGGCGUUGUCGUUUUUCCCAACCCUCUUCGCCAUUAGACCCGCGAGCUCUUCUCUAAAUCCUCUGUCCAUCGACACGUCUCUCUCGCAGAUCACUACACCGGAGCUCUCCACCGCCGCUCUCACGGCGUUACACGCCUCGAAUGUCUGACGCACGCCGCGCAACGACGUCGUGUAGAUCACCACGCGAUUCUCUCCUCCCGGAGGACAGAUCCUCUCGAAUUUCUCCGCGAAUUUCGGAUCUAGCGGUUUCAGAACCUCCUCGUUGAAGGAUUUUCUAGGGUUUCUCCGAUUAGGAUCCGAAUUCUCUCCUCCUGGAAGACAAAUCCUCUCGAGAUUCGGAUCUAGCGGUUUCAGAACAUCGUCAUUAAAGGAUUUUCUUGGGCUUUUCUGAUUUGGAUUUGAAUUCUCCUUGUUAUCUCCGCCGAAGACUUUGUACUUCACCGGAGUCCUCGGGAGAGGAGAGAAUCGGAAACUCUCGCCGUCGAGGCCAGACAUUAGCUCCCAUGAGUUAAUAACCUCCGGCUCAGACUUGAUCAGCCUUGGCUCAGACCACAGCGACUUAGACUCCGUACCGAUUGUGGAUUUUUCAGGCGACUUAGAUUCCUUACCGCUGGUGGAUUUCUCAGGCGGCGUCAUAGGAGGAGAAGAAGGAGGAGGAGGGUCGAGACUGAGAAGACCGUAAGUGGUGGAGGUAAGCUUGACGAUGUGGUGGCCGAAGGCGUUGCCACUGGUAAGCUGAGGGAAAUCGUCGUCGUGAUUCAGGAGGUUCGAUGAGACGCAACCCAUUAUCACCGGAGAGAUUGGAAUUUUUUCUCGAUUUCGACGCCGGGAAAUUCCUUUUUUGGGGAGAUUUCGAAAAAUGAGAAUUUGAAUUUUUUUUGGAGGAACGGUCGAGUGAGUGAGAUCGAAGACAAAACUCUGAAAAGUAAAAAUUGUAGCUUUGUUACUACUCCUUUAAACAAUUAUAUAAUUUGAGGAAAAAAUCAAGUAGCAAAACUGCAAAAGUAAAGUUAAAGAUGGUGAUUGAUUGACGAUCUGAAGGUUCACUAUCUAUUUUAGUUCAAAAGUAUUAAAAAAUUAGACUUUAAUAUUUCAUAUAAA